AUGGGACACAGACGCAAUGAGAAACCUACAGCAAUCCGCCUGACAGCUGACACGACAUGGACGACACCUACUGUCGGAGCGGGGCAUCGGACCGAAGGCUCGUCGCACGCGCCGGAGACCACGGUGUCCAGGGGCGGGAAAAUGUCACAGGACAACCUCAUACGGAACCUACCACCCCGCAGGGCGAACCUGCCAGAGUACAUUGGGGCCCCGCACGAGGAUCCGCACACGUUCCUAGAGCUAUGCCAAGAACGCCUGGCACAGUGCCACAACCAUCAGUCAGAGUUGGCGGAGCGGGCCAGUGAGCAGAUGCGCGGAGACGCGCGAGCGUGGUGGAGCAUGUGGCCCGCUGAUGCCCUGAUCGACACAGGAGCCAGUGCAGUCUUCGUGCGGCCUGACCUUGUACCACCCGGCGCGCUACACCCGGAUGAUGGCGAGCUGCGCCUGGCCACAACCGCCCACGCCGGGCGGAUGCAAGGACGCGCGGAUGUUGAGAUUGACGACAUGCUCCAGAGCGGGGUCAUCGAGCCGUCACAUAGUCGCUACAAUGCUUGCAUCGUGCUGGCAUCCAAGAAGGAUGGCACGAGCCGCUUUUGCGUGGACUUCCGACCGCUGAACGCUGUGACGGUCAGCACCCCUCCCCCUCAAAUUAGCUUCGAGGCUGCCGUAGCCAGCCUAGGUAGGGCACGCGUGUUCAGCACCCUGGACCUGAAGUCCGGCUACUGGCAGGUGCCCAUACGAUGCAGGGACCGGAAGAAGACAGCUUUCACGUCAAUGAUGACCAGAGUCCUGGAGGGAUACAUUGGGAGAUUCACCCUGGCAUACUUAGACAAUAUCAUCGUCUAUUCGGAGAGUUGGGAGGACCACUGCCGGCACCUGGCGCUGGUCAUGGAAAGGUUUGCCACCAAUCACCUAACUGCCAACCCUGCCAAGUGUCAUCUCGGGACGACCGAGGUCGAAUUCUUGGGCCACGUGGUGAAUGCCGAGGGCAACCGGCCCCAGAUCGGUCACCUACGACAGAUUGCCAUGGCGGAAGUUCCUCGCACCCGGAAGCAACUUCAACGCUUCGUCGGGCUCAUCAAUUGGCUGCGGAGUUAUAUCCCUAACUUCUCACAGACCAUCGUGCCACUAACCGAUCUGCUGUCACCGCAAAUCCGCUACCGCUGGGGCGAACCCGCCCAAGCAGCCUUCAAAACUAUUCAGGAAGCCUUCACACAGUGCCACACACUGGCCCGCAUCGACCUGGACCGACCGCUCGUCUUGCAGACGGAUGCGAGCGCUCUGGGUACCGGGGCAGUGUUAUACCAGGUGGACGGCGCGGGCGACCGGCAGGUGGUCGAUUACGCCAGCGCGAAGUUCGGGCGCGCCGAGAGGCGGUACCACAAGAACCAGCUACCCGACCUACUCUCCCGUGAUCCAGACGGCGGCCAGGAGGUGUUGGACGACGACGAAUGGGAUGACAUCCUGCCUCCCGCCCGCGCCAGCUCGACUGGCGCCGCCGAACAUGCGUGCGCUCACAUCACAGUCAACGGAGAAGGGGCCGAAGCACCCCCGAAUACCGAGGCCGACGUGGAGCGCCGUGUGCUCACUGCGCAGCACCGGUCCCCAAACGCGGACAGACGACGAGAGCGUGCCAGCGAUGAUGGUCACCCAACCUGGCAGAUCCAGGACGGCAGAGUCAUGAACCGACCACCCGGAGUAACUGAGGCCUGGAGGACGUAUGUCUUCCCAGAGGUCCGUGAGACGGUGCUUGUGUUCUACCACGAUCAUGACCUCGCAGGAUACCCGGGUACCGAUCAAACCAGCCAAGCAAUAGGACAGUACUACCACUGGCCCGGGAUGAGCCGGGAUGUCCGCGACUACGUCAGGGAGUGCGAGACCUGCCAGUGA